AUGCUCACGAUCGCGAUCACCGGGUCGAACGGCGAAGUCGGGAAGCGUACCGUGCUCGAAGCGCUAAAGGAUGGCCACAGCGUGAUCGGGAUGGAUCAGGGCGACGAGGCCAAGCUCGCGCCAGGUGUGGAUGAAGAACUUCGCAAGCGCUUCACGUACAAGCAAGCCGACCUGAAGAACCGUGACGCUUUUCUGGGUGCGGCACGCGGAAGCGACGCCAUGAUCCACCUUGCAGCCGUGUUCAAGAAGGAGGGCGUGCCGGAGAGCUCGCAACUGCCCGAACAUGUAGCGGCGUACAGGGCGGGUACACCGCCCACAGAUCUGGGCCCGGAACACGGGAUGGGACGACGAGGUCGAACACAGCUCGAGCUGCAAGCCCGCGCGUUUGCGCGCAAGCACGGUAUGCGCGUAGCGUGUAUUCGUCCCCACUGGGUCAUUCCCGAGUCGCUGGCGUAUGAUCCCGAAAAACUUGCCGCGACAGGCGGGCUGGCGAACGACUUAUGGGCGUGGACGUCCGAGGGGCAGGCAGCCCGCGCAUUCCUGCUCGGCCUGACAGCUCCCGCGUCCACCUUCCCCGAAGGCACUUCGGAGGCCUUCUUUGUCGUUGCACCUACGACCGUGCGACGGGAGCCCACGAAGAACUUGAUCAAGGAGCACUUCCCCGAAGUCACGGACUGGAAGUGCGACUUUGAUGGCAACGAGGGCCUGUACGACUGCUCAAAGGCUGAGCGGAUGCUGGGCUGGACGGAGCGUGGGUUCCCCUGGUCUCCGGUCGAGUGA